AUGAAGUGGGUCUUCAAGACCAAGACCGACGCGCAUGGCGAGGUCGAGCACUUGAUGGAUCGGCUGGCCCGUGAAAACGAGCAAGCUUUCGGGCUCGACUAA